AGUUUUUUUUUCUUUGUUGAAGCUUACACCGUUCACCUCUCGGAUUGCACUCACUGCGAGAGACACCAAAAAUGGCAUCGACCCCCGUACCCUACCCGUUGCUCGUACCGCUCGACGGACGAGUCUUUAAGUGCCUUGAAGGGCUUCCUCUACUGGCCGGGCCGUCUGCGUUGGCUCAGCCUUCAUUUGGGAACCGGGAUUGGCUGGCGAUGGAGAUGUGCCCGCCCGCCUGCCUGGAGAUGGAGAUGCGUGUGCCGGGCAUUAUUUUCAUUGUCGCAUUUUUCAUCAUCACACUCCCACCCCACUGUCGUUCCUCCGCACCAAAGGGUCCGCACAGCUUUCAUAGAAGUUUUUAUGGCUCGCUGUGCUUGGCUGGCUUCUGGCUUUUGCUACACUCCCGUCCACCUGCUCCUGGCUCCUUGUGGUGCUCUCCUGUUACUGCUACUGCCACAGCCACAGCCACUGCCACUGCCUUUGCCGUUAGCCCUGCACCUGUGCGUCGCUUAGGACCGGAAGCUGCACAUCAGCGCUUCCAUGUGCGUGGGAGGCGUGGGGCGGCAGUCUCUUUUCUAGUCUCGCCAUCGUCCUCAUUGCACAGUGGGCACUGUGGCGAUUUAUAGUGAUACGAAAUAUAGUUUUUAGUAGUUGAAGAAUGAAAAUGUUGCCUACAUCUAAUGCCAAU